AUGCUUGAAUAUGAUGUUGUUUUUAAAAAUAGUUCAUUCAAUGAAAUAGAAAAGAAUUAUUUAAACAAUAAAGACAAUAAUUUUAAUAAAGCAAUUUCACUUGGAUGUUUAAUAUUAAAAAAGUUUAAGAAAUACAUUCCCAUUAGAGAGUACAUUGUAAAUUGUAUAGAAAAAAAGAUUUAUAUAAAAAAAGAACACCAUAACAAUUACAUUGAAGAACUUGAAAAAAUCAAUCUUCCUGAAUACAAUCAUAAUCAAUUCCUAUCAUUCUGUAAAAUUUGUAAAAAUGAUUUAGAAGAUCUUAAAAAUGAAUUUGAUUUAAAGAUGCUUAAAUAUUUAAAAGAUGCAGUUAUUUUAAGCCCUUAUUUACUUCUAAAAAAUUCUAAUUUUUAUAGAAAAUUUUUAGUACUUUUAUUUAAAGAUUCAAGUUUUAAUGGUUUGUUAAGAAUUUCUUAUUGUAAAAUUUUAAUGAAUAAAAAACCAACUAUUGAUGAUUUAAUUAAAAAAUUUAAUGAAUCUUGUAAAUAA